AUGCUGCUCUACCUCGUCACCUUCAACCUCGCGCGGGCCCUCGUUGAUCCACACUUGCUCGGCCAGACGCUGCUGGACGGCCUGCCGACCGCCGCGCAGCUGCCCGACGUCAUCGUCUGCAGCUUGCAGGAGGUGUCGCCCGUCGCCUACGCAUUCCUGGGCGGCUCGUAUCUAACGCCCUACUUUGAUCGCAUCGCGAAGAGCGUCAGCAUUGCCGCCAAGAAGCAUGCCGACGAUGCGCACGCCUACCGCCUCACCGUCGUGCGCAAUAUCGGCAUGACGGCCAUCGUGGUGUUUGCCAAGCCUGACGUAGCCGACCGCAUCAGAUGGAUCCAAACCGCAGAGGUUGGCGUCGGCUUCAUGGAGACGGGCCACAAGGGCGCCGUUGGCGUGCGCCUGGGUCUCGCGGCGCAUGCGGACAGCGACGAAGAGGUGGAGCUGACGUUCGUUAGCGCACACCUUGCUCCCAUGGAAGACAGCGUGCAACGGCGCCUCGAAGACUGGGAGCACAUUGUCCGCAACCUCGUCUUCGAGCCAGCAACCGACCACGCCGCAUCCAAGACCGCAGGCACAAGGGCGAUAGAGGCUGCAACAUCGGACGUCGCAGCAGGUGCAGAAGGCGAGCACGAACCGCUAAUAUCCCCUUCGUACGCCUCCGGACCAGCUUCCGCCCUGCGUGGCCUGUACACCCCGACCUCGCACAUCUUCUUCGCCGGCGACCUCAACUUCCGCACCCACGACACCGGUCCGGCGCCAGACGACCAGCACAAGCACUUCCCGCAGCCGCACCGCCCAGAGGACUCGCCCCAGCACUACUCCCAGCUCCUGGCCACCGACCAGCUCAACCGCGAGCGCCGCGCCGGCCGCAUCCUCCAGGGCUUCGACGAGCUGCCCAUCGCCUUCCCGCCCACCUACAAGUACUCGAUGCACCACCGCCCUGACCCAACUACCAACCCCACCCCAUCCCCCAACCAAUCCUGGUCCUGGGCCGGGCACCGCUGGCCCAGCUGGUGCGACCGCAUCCUCUUCCUGCCGCCUCCCCCAACCCAGUCUUCCCCCUCAUUCUCCUUUUCCCCGCUCAAGUACACGUCGCUCCCCCUGCUGCCGUCGUCCGACCACCAGCCCGUUGCUCUCAGCGUCAACGUCUCCACCGACGCCCCGCUCGCCCCGCCGGCCAAGGACGCGGGCGAUGGCGACGUGCGGACGCAUCCGCCGUACCCGCUUGAUCCGAAUUGGAGGGCGCGCAGGGCGGCGGCGCGGAGACGCGAGAUCGCGUUCGGCGUGAUGGCGUAUCUGACGUGGACGUACGAGGGGAAUGCGGUGUUGCUGGCGUUGGUUGUGGGUGCGCUGGGCGUGGGUGCUGUGGUGAGGAGCUUUAGUUGA